GUCCUCUCUGCCUGUCGAGUCGCUGUCGCGCGAACUACCGCGUUGUUUCAUCCUACUUUCGGUGUGUUUGGCUUCCCAUAUUCUGGCGAUAAAGGGCUGCAGGAGAUUUCAGCAGCAGGAGGUGACGUCAACAAGCCGCUUUGCCCCUUGUUGACUCAAGACAGGAGGAAAGAAAGUGACCCGAGACAAAUGCUUUAUCUUAUACCACAUCGCUCAAUUUCAACGCGACUUCAACAGCUCCAGUGUUUUACAUGCGGUCUCUCGGUUCAUCGGUCUGUCGUACAAAUUUAUUUGUUUUCUGGCCAGUUAAGUUAAACGGAAAAACUGUUUAACAUUAGUCGUCUGCGCGAAGAUUUCUGUUCCACUAAGGAUCUUAUGACUCUCUUUUGGAUUUUUACACGUAGAACAUGUUUGUUUUGUGGAGGAGCAGCAGUAAUAUGAGUGAUCUGGUGGGUCCGGAGUAUCAGGGUUGCGUGGACGGAUCUCUGAUGGACGGAUUCAGUGUUUUUAUUCAGGGUCUGUUGGCUGUUCUGGCUUUCAGCACUUUAAUGUUGAAGAGGUUUCGUGAACCUGUCGGCAUAAGAAGAUCGUGGAGGAUCUGGUUCUUUGAUACAUCUAAGCAGGCCAUUGGGGCUCUUUUCAUGCAUUUUGCCAAUAUUUUCUUGUCCACACUCACCAAUGAAGAUCCCUGUUCUCUAUAUCUGUUGAACUUCCUGUUGGAUGCCACAUUGGGAAUGCUGGUGAUCUGGAUGGGGGUGAAGCUUGUUUCCAAGAUAGUGGAGCACAGACAGCUAACACUGCUGAUGUUUGGAGAAUAUGGUGAUCCUCCUCAGAUAGCGGCCUGGUUGGCUCAGUGCUCCGUGUAUUUACUCAUUGUUGCUCUGGAGAAAAGUGUGGUCACUCUGGUGCUGCUCAUUCCCGGGUGGACCAAUCUGGAGGAGGUGGUGCUGGACUACAUCCCAAACCCACAGCUGGAGUUGGCCAUUGUCAUGCUGAUCGUGCCUUUCAUCGUCAAUUCUAUAAUGUUCUGGGUGGUGGACAGCUUAACAAUGCGGAAAUAUAAGAAAAUGACAUCUCUUGAGGGCUCACGUGACUGUCCGAAGCAAGUAGAGGUCUCGUCAAACGAGAGCAAUGAUGAAGCUGAGGUGCUGCUAAAGGAAGAUGAAGAUGAUGCUACAGUGUGUUCUGAACCAGAAGAGCACGUCUCAACAGAAGAGGCCUUAAUACAAGUCCGUAUGGAAGUUUAGAACACAAGCGUUUAGAAGAAUACUUUCUUAAACACUAGCACUAGAUCUCUGUUCUUAAACCUAGUGUUUACUUCCUGCAUAGUUAUCUUCCAAAUAAUUCCUAAGUGACUGAUUUGGAACACUCUAAUUAAGGAUAAACUUAGUGCAACUCACAAAUAGAACUUUUCACGUUAUCUAAACACUGGAGACUGGCCUCAGUUGAUUGCAAUAGAGUUUGGCGUUAGCAUUUGCUAAGCUAACAACACAAUGCUCAGUACUUGACACGAUACUAUGUAAAAUUGUCCAUUUUUAGUUUAAGAUUGAUAGAUGCUUUUUAUUAUUGAAUGAAAUUGAAAUUGAAAUGUAUUUAUUUAGCAUCAACAUUUCAUUUAUGAAAUUCGUAUGCUAGUGUGGUUUUGAACGGCGUUCUUGUUGGGAGGGUUCCAGCGAAAUAGAGCUUUUCAUGGGAGUACACUUUGGAGAGUAGACUUACAAUUGAGGGGUGUUUACAAAAAACUUUUUAUGCAUUUUUACCAUUCAUAUAUACACCACAACAGCAUUUGGGGG